GAUAACUUUUUAAUAAACUAACCAUUAAAAAAUGCAGAUAUGGUGGGUAAUGCAGCAACUCAGACCUUCCAUCCAUGCUUGAGAUGAGGGAGACAUCCACAGGUUGAGGAGAGAGAGAGAGAGAGGAGGUUUAAGGGAGGCUUAGGUCUACCAACUGGUAGUUAGAGAUUGCACUCCUUAACCAAACAUCAUCAACAGGAAUAGCCAAGUCAAGCAACAGCACCAACAACUAGGGGGUAGAGAGAGAAAGAAAGCAAAGCUAAGCAAAGCCAGAAAGCGAUACCAUUAAUAGGGAAUUUAAGACAGAAAGGGGAAGUUAUGAUUUCUUUUAGGGAAGAAUUUGAGGUUCAUAGAUAAAGAAACCUUUGAGGUGUUUUCAUGUAGAUAUAGAGAGAGUACAAAAGAAGAGAGAGAGAGAGAGAGAGACUGUAUGCAAUUCUCACGUGCGCAGAGAAAUAUGGAUGGAAUGAUGGAAAAAGAAAAUAUAUGAUAGGAAAAGAGUCUUUGGGUGAUGAUUUUCGUACUUUGAACUUCAAUAUACUAAAGUUCAGUUUCUGAUUUCUUUCUUUCUUUCUGUUUUUCGAGUUGUUGAUGCUUGUGAAUGCGUAUGAGAGAGAGAGAGGUCAAAAGGGUUCUUGUUUGAGUCGCGGGAUCGGUAUGGUUCCGUCAAGGAUGAUCUUUCCGGCGAUCGGAGCUUUUGUGUUCCCCAUAAAACAAACAACUGUUAUCGGUUUUCAGUUCACAGAGUAACUAGGUAAUCGAAUCAAAUUCCUCAGUAUCAUAGUUUGGGAAUUGACAAAGAGAUGGCCACUUAUUUCCCCAGUUCAAACAAUCAAAGAGAUGUUGCACCAAUGCUCUAUAUGAGCCAACCUCUGUCCAGCUCUCAUACUGAACCAUCGGUUCUUCCUGGGAAUAUGAUGAUGUAUAUGAACUACUCAUCUUCUGCUGCCUCAUAUUCGGAUACAUUGGUAGGGAAUUCCCAGCAGAUUGAUGUUAUGGCUAUGGGAGUUUCGGAUUCCAACUCAUCACAACAAGGAAUUAUGGCAAAUCUCGGGGGGUCUCGAACUGGGGAACAUGAUUUCAGUACAUGGAGGGAUGGUAGGAGUGAAAUGCUACUGAUGCACCCUAUGGAUGGUGCCAUGGACACACUUCAAAGCAGACAAAACUCUCAAGGAUUAUCCCUCAGCCUCAGUACUCAUAUUCCAUCUGGAAUUCAAAUGUCUUCUAUGCAGUACAGGAGUAAUAAUCCUGGUUUUUCUUCAUUCUUGAGUCCUAAUCCAUCCGGCGAGGGUUGUGGGAGGAAUGUGUCUUUUAGACAUGAGAACUCUCAAAAUACACAAUCAAGCAAUACUGGAAACAUUCCACAUGCUUUUCUAGCGAGCAGUCCGGAUUCAAUGAAAGCAGAUAUUUCUUCAUUUGGAAUGCCAACUACAAGAACCAUUCCGAAUUUCAAGUACCUAAAGGCAGCACAGCAAUUGCUUGAUGAAGUUGUGAAUGUCCGGAAAGCUCUGAAGCGGCAUGAUUCCAAGAAGGAGUUGGUGAAGGAUUCUAAAGAAGUUGAUGGCGGAUCAAAAGAUGAUAGCUCAGUGCCUCCCGCAAAUGGAGAGUCUUCAAACCCACGAGAGUCGUUGAGCGACUCACCAAGUGAGCUUUCAGCUGCUGAAAAACAGGAUCUACAAAACAAGAUGACCGAGCUUUUGUCUAUGCUGGAUGAGGUUGAUAGGAGGUACAAACAGUAUUAUCACCAAAUGCAGACCAUUGUUUCUUCAUUUGAUGCAAUAGCAGGAUUUGGGGCAGCUAAACCCUACACAGCACUUGCCCUCCAAACAAUUUCACGUCACUUUCGUUGCUUGCGUGAUGCAAUAGAUGGUCAGAUUCGAGUAACAAGGAGAAGCCUCAGGGAACAAGAUGGUUCAACAAGUAGUAAAGAGGUUGGAAUAUCUCGCCUUCGUUAUGUGGACCAGCAGAUCAGACAACAGAGAGCCCUUCAGCAGUUUGGUAUGAUGCAACAACACGCGUGGAGGCCACAGAGGGGGCUGCCCGAAAGCUCUGUCUCAAUUCUGCGUGCUUGGCUUUUUGAGCAUUUUCUCCAUCCCUACCCGAAAGAUUCUGAUAAGAUCAUUUUAGCAAGGCAAACAGGUUUGACAAGAAGUCAGGUCUCAAACUGGUUUAUAAAUGCACGAGUGCGUCUUUGGAAGCCUAUGGUUGAAGAAAUGUAUAAAGAAGAGAUUGGUGAUGCUGAAAUGGACUCUAAUUUUUCAUCAGAAACCACACCCAAAGCUACAAAAGGCGAUGAUGCAAAGGCCUCUGAGGAUGGAGGGGACGAUUUACACCAAAGUGCAUCUUCCGCAGCAACAACCGGGCAAUUCUUUGAGUCAAAAUCUGAUCAUGUUCAUGAUGUUGAAAUGUCGGGACCUAGUACCGAUUGCGAUGGAGAAACUGAAACUGAAUAUGGGGUAGGGAAACCAGGAGGGGGGGACCAAAGGCCUACUAUGGAUGACUAUAAUCUUUUCCCUAAUACCAUGGUUGUUCCUGCUGCAUACCACAUAUCAGAGUUUGGAAGGUUUGGAAAUGGAAAUGGAAAUGGAAAUCAUGUAUCACUCACUUUGGGAUUGCAGCAAUGUGAAGAUGGUAGCCUACACAUGUCUAUGGAGGAUCAUUCGAGUUUUGGGACCAUGAGAGGGGGUGAAGUAUACGAGGCGGCCGCCUCUUCUGUUGAGCCUCAGACGGCAGAGUUUGACUGCCUGGAACCCGGAAACCGACAGCACAGUUUUGGCCCCUCCCAUCUGUUGCAUGAUUUUGUAGCAUGAGAAAGAAGGCUGAACCACUUUGUUGAAGUUUUGAGCAAACAUUCAUUAGUGAAGAACAUUAAUGGAACACAUUUGUAAUAUAACAAAGAUUGAUUGGAAGGUUGGACCAAUUGUAAAGAUAUGGUAAAUAGAUUUUUGUUUAGUACGUUGAAGAAGUUUGUAAGAUUACUUGGGGAUUUGAGGAUCUUGUCAUUGGAAACAAAAAUAAGUAGGACUCGAGUCUUUCGGAGCUUGAGUUGUGAUGGCCACAAUGCUUUAGCCAUUGUUCAUGGUAUGUUCUGUUAUGUGCUCUCUCGAAUAGACCUCUUUUUUACCCCACAUUCAAAAGACGGAUCCAUUGAGGCUAAUGUUGGCCUGAGUAGAGGUAGAGCAAGUCUUCUUGA